AUGCGCCCAACUCUUCGCCGCUCCUGUGCUGCUUGUGCCAAGUACAAGCACAGCUGCGACCUCCGCACUCCCCGCUGCUCUCGCUGCAUCAAGCGCAACGUCCCGUGCGUCUACGCGAACCAGCCUUUGACUGCCCCGGCUGUCACGCACAAUGCAGCCCCUGCUGGCUUAAGCGAGUAUACAUUUGGCUCUUUAGACCCAUUUGACUCGUACCCAGUCACCAGACUGCCCCGCGAACAUGUACAGCGUCUGAUAUAUAGCUUCCUGCAUAAAAUUGCAUUCCAGUAUUAUCCACUCGACCUCAAUGCAACAUCGAAUCCGUUCCUUGUCUCGUGGUGGCCCCUUGCCUUGGGCGACCCGGCACUUUUUCACGUCUCGCUGCAGACAGCAUGUCUUGAUGAAGAGCUACUCGCCCAGAAGGGCUUCCACGCGUCGGAGGUUCUCAUGGCAGACUCUGUAGCGCUGCUGCGACGCAAAGUACAGGAUCCAUCAUUGGCUGUUCAAGAUGGGACUAUGAACUCGGUCAUUACCCUGGCUGCUAUUGAGUUCGGAAAAGGGAAUGUCAAGGUCAGCCAAAUGCACGUCGACGGGGCAAAGAAGCUAGUAGAGAUGAGAGGCGGGAUCAAUUCAGUACGGCAGACGAGCCCGUUAACUGCGCGAAUGAUCAGCUGGGUAUCGAUGCUCGUAAUGGGCCAUCCCCAGUUCCCAACGCAAGACGACUUCGGAAUGGGGGACGGGCUCCCCCUGGUCCCGGAGUGGCAGCUGGACAUGCCGGACGACCCAUACCUUGCAAACACCCUGGACCUCAUAGACGAUGCCGAAGUCCGCAAUGUCUUUGCCCGCCUACGCAAUGUCUUUAACAGGGCACACCAGGUGCCACUAUCAAGCACACGACUCCACGAUCUGACAUGCUUCGUUAUCCACCGACUACUCGCAACAAUGCCACAAUACCCGCCAACAUCACCAUCACCCACCACAGAAAGCAUCCGCUACACCACCAUCCUCUACAUGUUCCUCAUCCACGGCCCAACAUACUACUCCCACGACUUCAUAAUGGGCACGAUCGUCUCAAAACUCCUCACAACCCUCAUCCACCUCGACUCCCACUUCCCAGUCUCCAUCGACGUCUGGUUCCUAGCAAUUGGACUGGCGGCGUCAUCAAAUACGCCGAAUUAUCAAUGGUUCGCAGAGCGCGCACAGGCAAUCGUCCACUCCCUGCAAAUACGCAGCUGGGACGAUGUCGUGAUGCACGUGAAGACCGUUCUGUGGUUAGACACGGCGGAUACCGUCCUGAGACCGCAUUGGGAUGGUAUUCUCCGCCCGGUUGUAACGGAUAUUACAGAUUUAUCGGAUGUUACAGAUAUUGCUGACUCCGAUGCAUUACCACAUACAGUCUCCCCGAGUGCUCUUGUAUUAAACUCAGAUAUACAUACAAUAUAA